GUCGCUCGGAGGGGGCUGAGCCGCUCUGCUCCUCCGCUCUGCCUGCUGCUGCUGCGGCCUCAGCCGUCUUUCCAGCAGCGCUGGCGGGUCGGACCGCCUAGGCAACCGGCGGCUGGCGAUGCGAAGUGGAGCGGCCGCGGAUCCAGGUUGUGGCAAAGUUUCCCAGACACGCACAUCCGAGUGCGCGGCUGCCGGCAGCCCGUGAGCGCUUCGAGGAGGGCUGGAAGAUUUUUAAUUUGGAAAAAAAAAUCCACCUCAUUUCCUUUGUCAAUUUCUCUGUCCGAGCAACCAGCGGCGGGAGCUGCAAACUUGGGCACAGCGGCUCCACAGCCAGCGGACCGGGCUUUGGAGAACCUUGGGACUCAGGUGAUCGGGCGACUAGUGGCCGGGCCAGGCGAGUGGGUGUGAGCGCGGGGCAGUGGAGGGCGCGCUGUGAGGAGGGGCCCCCGGGAGCUCUAUAUGGAGGAGGGCGCCCAGAAUGGUGUGCAGCAGGAAGACCAAAACUUUGGUGUCCACUUGCGUGAUCCUGAGCGGCAUGACCAACAUCAUAUGUCUGCUCUACGUGGGAUGGGUCACCAACUACAUCGCCAGCGUGUAUGUGCGGGGGCAGGAGCCAGCGCCCGACAAGAAGCUGGAGGAAGACAAAGGGGACACCCUGAAGAUUAUUGAGCGGCUGGACCACCUGGAGAAUGUCAUCAAGCAGCAUAUCCAAGAAGCUCCCGCCAAGCCUGAGGAGGCCGAGGCUGAGCCCUUCACAGACUCCUCUCUGUUUGCACACUGGGGCCAGGAGCUCAGCCCUGAAGGUCGGCGUGUGGCUCUGAAGCAGUUCCAGUACUACGGCUACAACGCCUACCUCAGUGACCGCCUGCCCCUCGACCGGCCCCUGCCUGACCUCAGACCCAGUGGGUGCCGCAACCUCUCGUUCCCUGCCAGCCUGCCAGAGGUGAGCGUCGUGUUCAUCUUCGUGAACGAAGCGCUCUCGGUGCUGCUGCGCUCCAUCCACUCCGCCAUGGCACGCACGCCUCCCCACCUGCUGAAGGAGAUCAUCCUGGUGGACGACAACAGCAGUAAUGAGGAACUGAAGGAGAAGCUGACGGAGUAUGUGGACAAAGUGAACGGCCAGAAGCCGGGCUUCAUCAAAAUCGUGCGCCACAGCAAGCAGGAAGGGCUCAUCCGCUCCAGGGUCAGCGGCUGGAGGGUGGCCACGGCCCCCGUCGUGGCACUCUUUGAUGCCCACGUGGAGUUCAAUGUGGGCUGGGCUGAACCCGUGCUCACGCGCAUAAAGGAGAACCGGAAACGGGUCAUCUCGCCAUCCUUUGACAACAUCAAGUAUGACAACUUUGAGAUAGAAGAGUACCCGCUGGCAGCCCAGGGCUUUGACUGGGAGCUGUGGUGCCGCUACCUAAACCCCCCCAAGUCCUGGUGGAAGCUGGAGAACUCCACGGCCCCGAUCAGGAGCCCGGCCCUCAUUGGCUGCUUCAUUGUGGACCGCCAGUACUUCCAAGAGAUCGGCUUACUGGAUGAAGGCAUGGAGGUCUAUGGAGGCGAGAAUGUGGAGCUUGGCAUCCGGGUGUGGCAGUGCGGUGGGAGCGUGGAGGUCCUGCCCUGCUCCCGGAUUGCCCACAUUGAGCGGGCCCACAAGCCCUACACUGAAGACCUCACCGCCCACGUCCGCAGGAAUGCCCUCAGGGUGGCUGAAGUCUGGAUGGAUGAAUUUAAAAGCCAUGUCUACAUGGCGUGGAACAUACCCCAAGAGGGGCCUUUGACGUCAAUCCCCAUCAAUGCUGACCUCACGUUUCGCAGUCUAAGUGGGGGUGGCCAUGGGGUGAAGGUACCUGUGGGGAAAUGCGACUCGGGAAUUGACAUCGGGGACAUCACUGCAAGGAAGGCUCUGCGGAAACAGCUGCAGUGCAAGACCUUCCGGUGGUACCUGGUCAGUGUGUACCCAGAGAUGAGGAUGUACUCUGACAUCAUCGCCUACGGGGUGUUGCAGAAUUCUCUGAAGACCGAUUUGUGUCUCGAUCAGGGUCCAGACACAGAGAACGUUCCCAUCGUGUACAUCUGCCACGGGAUGACGCCCCAGAAUGUAUACUACACGAGCAGCCAGCAGAUCCACGUGGGCGUCCUGAGCCCCACUGUCGACGACGACGACAACCGGUGCCUGGUGGACGUCAACAGUCGGCCGCGGCUCAUCGAGUGCAGUUAUGCCAAAGCCAAGAGAAUGAAGCUGCACUGGCAGUUCUCUCAGGGAGGCCCCAUCCAGAACCGCAAGUCCAAGCGCUGUCUGGAGCUGCAGGAGAACAGCGACUUGGAGUUCGGCUUCCAGCUGGUGCUGCAGAAGUGCUCGGGCCAGCAUUGGAGCAUCACCAACGUCCUGCGGGGCCUAGUGUCCUGACCCUGCGGGGAGCCGCCCCCGCCUGCCCCGUUGCUACUGUGUAGCACCUGCUGCAAAGUUGCCUGCUGUCUGUCGGGGGUUGUUUGAAGUCUGGGAAUCAGGUUAGUGGGCCAACCAAAAGAGCUUUUUAUUUCCUAUUCAAUUUUCAUGGAAUUUCUAGAAAGAUGCUGAAGGGUGGGUAAAGGUAUGAUAUCAUAAACUAUUUUGCAACUGUAAAUAGGAGACAAAUGGAAAAUAUUUAUAACUGUCAAUAAAAU